UACAACAACCAAAGACGAUUUGUUUCUAAGCAUUCUCAAAACUUGAGCUGCUAUCAAGUAGUGCAUUGCUACGAAGAAGCAUCGUGCUUAUUUCGAAAUUGGCUAUCAAUCAUUUUCGUAUCUUUUUUCAUUUAUAACCUUUGUUUCAAGAGUUUGAUUUUUGUACGGGUUCGGAAUUUGCCUUCAUUGUGCGGCCGUCCUCGGAUUCUACUAGAAGGAAAAGUAAAAUAUUGAAGACCCACGAAUAUAUAUAUCUUCGUUUACUUGGUUGUGUUACGGGAAAUUUAAAAAAAAAAAAAGAGAAGAAGAAAAGUUACCGAAAAGUUUGUCUGAAAAGUUAAUUCUUCUUGUCAUAUUUUUCGACUACCAAGCCACGAAGUUUGCAUUGUAGACAAUACCAAUACACAUAAAAAAUCUCCUGUUUAGAUUUUUUAAGCUUUUCAGGUUAAAUACAUAAUUAGCAAAGUUUUCUACCUGGUAAUUCAGAAGAAGCGUUUGCUAUAAAAGGUCUUUUUGUCCUACUCUUUGCAGUCUCAAAAAAAAAAGAAAUUGUUUGUUGAUUGCUUCUACAUCUUUUCUACUAGUUGGUUUUCUUUCUUUCCUCUAUAUUGGAUUACUCAAGAAAUCUUUUGGAUUAGCAGAGCUUUUUGCUUUCUCAGUUCGUAUAGAAAAGAUAUUCUUACUUGCUAGUUGGAUACUCGUUGAUUAUUCACUUCCCUUGCCUCCUAUUUGGUUCUUAUUUGUCUCCGAAACCUAAUAAAAAGGACAAUCGGUUUGAAGUAGCCCUUGUAUCUAAGCGUUUUAUUUAUUUAAGCUUCUUUCAAACCUCACAUACCAUUGAAUGUUUUUUUUUUGUUAACUAUUAAUCUGUUGUUUACGCUUGACUUUUCCAUACAUCAUCUGUCCGCUUUUAUUUCCUCUCCCUCAAUAUUUUAACUGCAUUAGGUUCCUUGCUGAUUACUUUAUUGCUUAUUUCCCUUAUCAGGUGUUUAUUAUAUAUUUGUUUAAACUUGUUGCUUUCGAUCCUUCAGAUUUUGAACAUCAUGUCUGUGAGAAACAUUGUGACCCUAAGUCAUAAUCCGGCUAUCACAUAUAGCACAAAAGAUGACGACUUUAUUGAAGAUCCAACACCAUCACCAGCAACCGGCAAUAUCCCUUGGAUAACUUGGUUCUGCUCUCAGCCGGGUCGAGAGUAUUUCGUCGAAGUUCGUGAUGAGUUUAUAGAAGAUUUGUUUAAUUUGACCGGUUUAAAUCUUGCUGUCCCUUUUUAUAAUGAGGCUCUGGACCUUAUACUUGAUAGGAAUAAUUCAGAAACUUUAAAAAAGCUUGAUAUGGGAGUGAUCGAAACAAGUGCACAAAUCCUUUAUGGUCUAAUACAUCAGCGCUAUAUCAUUACUCGAAUGGGCUUACACCAAAUGGCCGAAAAAUAUAGUACGGGUAUUUUUGGUUGUUGUCCUCGGGUAAAUUGUUGCUAUACUCACGUUCUUCCUGCAGGCCGGUCGGACGUGGUUGGCAGAAUGCCUGUUGUAUUAUUUUGUCCAAAUUGCCUAGACUUAUACGCACCAUCUAGCUCUAAAUAUAAAAAUAUUGAUGGAUCCUUUUUUGGUACGACAUUCCCUCAUCUGUUUUUUGAAACCUAUCCUGAACUUAACCCGAAAAGAGCUAUCCCAUGCGGUAAAAUAUAUCAGCCCAGAAUAUAUGGAUUCAAGGUUAGUGAAUUUAGUAAAACGGGCCCCCGAAUGCAAUGGCUACGCAUGUAUUUGACCGACAGUAGUGAUAGUGAAAGCGAAAGUGAAAGUGAUUAGCUUCUUAUGAUUAUAAUGUUAUCAAAAACGCUCUUCAUUUCUCCUUCUCCGUCAGACCGCACCGCCAUACCUUUUCUAUCCGCCACUAUACCUUAUUGCUUACCUCUAGAAGACCAUAAUGAUUGCCUUUUUUAAUUUGUUUUCUUUAGCUCUUCCUUGGUCACAUCUCUUGACCUGUGGAGAGUUUAGUACUAUCGUAAAGGGACUUUUAGGGUUAUUUAUGUUUAUCUUUUGCUUUUUAACCAAAGAAAUUUAGGGUCUAUGUUGAGUUGGUUUAUUUAUCUUAUCCUUUGAGUUAGUUCUUGCCUAAGGAAAACAGUGGAUAAUGUUCAUCCAUCAAAAAUUAAUCACUAAAAAUUUAUAGGAUGGAAGGCUUUAUUACUAUAACUUAAUCCUUGCAAUCUCAAAAAUUAUAUUGAUUGUUGCAGGUAACUAAUAAAAUGAGCCUUUGGAUAUCUAGUA